CGAUCUCGACAUCGCAUCCCGCCGCCCUCCCCUGGAAACACCCAUCCGUCGCCGCAUCCAUGUCCCGCCUCGGAACACCCGAGGAGCGGGUCGCCUGUCCGUUCCAGUUCGAGCUCGAGAUUGCCGCUUUCCAGCCCAGUCCCGGCGCUGUCGCCAGCCGGAUCGCCAUCUUCGAUUUUGAUUCGACGCUCUUCCGCUCGCCCAAUCCAAACCCAGACCUCUGGACGCCCACCUUUCAGGGCGCCAUCAAGGGCGACUGCAGCUGGUUCGCCGAGACCCGCACUCUCGACCCACCGUAUGUCCCCGACCAGCCCGACAGCUCGUGGUGGGAUGCCGAGACCGUCAAGGAGGCCCGCCGAUCGAUCGCCGACCCGUCCUCCGCCACUGUGCUGAUGACCGGCCGGCGGCGAGACGUCUACUACGACCGCAUCAAGAGCCUUUGCAGCUUCCUCAACCCGUCUCUCGACUUUGACUUCUACUUUAUGAGAGAAGGCGAUGACACUACCCAGCCCAGAUACUUUGUCGCCACCUUGGACUACAAGCUCUGCGUCAUCGAGACCCUGCUCGGUUCGCCGCAGUUUGCCCACGUUCGGCACAUUGACAUUUACGAUGAUCGAAAGAACCACAUUCGGACCUUUGCCCGGGAGAUGGAGGUGUACAAGAAGCUGGGCCGCAUCGACUCGUUCGAGGUCGUCCGUGUGCUGCACGAUGCCGACCUAAAUGUCUGCAUGCCAGUGGAGCUCGAGCGCACUCUGGUUCUGGACCUGGUCCGCAUCUGCAACGAAAAGACGCAGCGAGCAAAGCAGCAGCUGCAAGAGCAGUCGCAAGCACAGUCUGUGCCGACCCUGGAUGGCAGAUUGGCCCGCUCCAACAAGAAGAUCAUCAGUGCCGCAGCCUUCCGCGAGCAGAUCGAACUUGUCGAUGAGGUCUACUACACAGCCGUCUUCCUGACCGAUGAGUCCCAGGAGCUGCUCAAGGCCCGAUUCCCUCGCCCACCGCUCUGGACAACGUACUGCCACCACAUGACAAUCUGCCUGGGGCAGUGCCAGGACGACGCCGUCGAGAAGCUGGGCGGCCUCGGUGCGCUAGUGCGGAUGCAGGCCGUCGCAGUCGGGUCCAUCGAGGACAAGGUCAUGGCCGUCCGGGUCGAGAGCGUACCGGGCGAGCGGCCGAUCCAGUCCAAGAACGAGGUCCCGCACAUUACUCUCUAUGUCCAUCCAGACACGCGAGCCAAGACAUCGAACGAUAUCACCGAGUGGCAGCUGCUCGAGACGCCGCUGCGGCUUGAGGGCCGGGUUGGCGAGAAGGUCCUGACCGGGAUGGCCAACAAGGCCAAGAGCCAGACUGCCAAGGCCGUCAGCAUCGGCGACCUGAUCCUCAAGCACCACCCGACGGCCAAGGGACCGGCCAUUGGCAAGCUCGUUGCCGAGGUCGAGCGGUGGAUGAGCAAAGGGUUUGUGGAGAAUUCGGAGGGCAACCGCGCCGAGAUCGAGCUCUUUAUCGUGCAGCAUCUGGAUGCCCGGGAUAUAACGGGAGCAAAUGGAACGCCGUCGGCGGCAAGCUGAGCGGAUGCGUCCGCUGUUGCGCCGGCCACGCUAUUCCUGCAGCCGGCAUCUGGAUUCUGAUGGCUGCGGGUGUCUCGCUCUGUUGCAGCGAAUACAUGCUGCUGCUGAACUGAA